AUGUGUGUUUUAUCUCAGGGACUGCGCGGUGGUGACGCAGCAAGGGGGCGGGGCCGCGGUGACCUCACCUGUGGCUCAGCCCGUCCUCCCGGGGAAGCAGGGAUCGAGUUCCUGGGCCGGCUUGAAGACACCGGUCCGGAGACCUGCCGGGAGGCGUGCUGCGACGAGCCGGACUGCGACCUGGCCCUGUCGGCUCAGCCGGCGGACGGAAGACCACAGUGCCUGCUGGUCAGCUGCACGAGCCAGAACCAUGCCGGGGACGCAUGCGUCCUCCAGCCCAACUCUCAGUCCCAGGUGUACCGGAAGAAGGCGAAGAAGGUGGUCCGCAGAGAGGCGGGGGAGGACGGAGAGAGACCGCACGUCGAACCGCUGCUGGACUCCGUGGAACCCAGGACCAACGAGACCAACAACAUUCGCUGUCGGCUGCCGAUGAAGGUGGGCUCGUGUCGGGCGGCGUUCCCCAAGUUUUACUACAAUGUGACCAAUCAGAGCUGUCACAGCUUCACCUACGGCGGCUGUGAAGCCAACGGCAACAACUUCGAGUCUCAGGAGGAGUGUGAGGCGGCCUGCAGCGGAGUCACAGGUUCAGUUCUUCCUGAUGACUCCACUCCUGCUCCUCCUGAACCUCCUGCCAAAGCUCCUCGCAUGGCUCCGUCCUUCGACACAGGUCUGUCUGAAGAUGCUGAAGGUCCAGUUGAGUCUGAACCUGCUACUACAGAGUCUGUUCGUGAGCGCACAGAAAUGUCUGCUAAAGAAUACGCCGAGUACUGUGAGGUCAAACCUGAAGUGGGUCCCUGCAGGGCAGCGUUUCAGCACUGGUACUACAACAGUCAGACAGGUGACUGUCAGUCUUUCAUCUACGGAGGCUGCAAAGGAAACAAGAACAACUAUGUCAACAAGGAGAGCUGCAUGGCUACCUGUACAGUGUCCGUGGUUCCAUCCUCUAAGAAGUCCUCGGGUAACAAUGGAUUGUCUCAAAGGUACAAAGAUGAGUGCAUGGCGACCCCUGACCCCGGUCCCUGCCGUGCCGCCUUCCCCAGGUUCUACUACGACUUCGACACCGGCACCUGUCAGGCGUUUAUGUACGGUGGUUGCCGUGGAAACAAGAACAGUUAUGGCACCGAGGAGGAGUGUUUGAACAGCUGCAGCAUUAAAGAUGGUCCCUUUGAUAAGCACGGUAGAAGUCGUAACCAUUGGACUGCAGCCUUCUUCCUCUUCAUCACUCUGGCAGCCAUCUCGGCUCUGCUGCUGGUGACACUCGUCGUCAUCUCUGUGAGACGUCACCGCCUUACCCGCCGUCCCUCCUCCAUCAGUGAUAAGGAGGAGCUGCUCACAGAUCCAGAUGAGCAGUCCUCUGUGGAGUCUCUGUCCGUCCCAGAGAGUCCUAAACCCAACAAGGCCUGAGGAGAGACCUGGAUCCACUGGGGACCAGCAUCAGACGAGGAUUUCUGCUUUAACUGCCUGAGCUGAUGACAGCUAAUCAAUAAUCAACAUAAAACCUUUCUAACUUGUGACAUUAGUUUUUCUUGUCCUUUACUCAGCAGGUGGAUUUUAUCUCCAGAACAAACCUGAUCUGUUCAGGUUCAUUGCUGAGCGUCAGAGCUAAGCUAAGCUAGCUGUUUCCCCCUGUUCCCAGUCUUUAUGCUAAGCUAAGCUAAUCACCUGACCUCUGUCAGUCUGAACAAAGACUGGAGGAAGACUUCCCAAUCAGAAUAAGAGCCCCUGAUGUGUGCAAUGAUUCAGGAACAGGAUGAUCUUUUAAUUUCUGUAGUUUCAGGUUUGAUUUCUUGUUUACUGACGUCUGAAACAUAAACAAACAAAUAAUAAAACAAUUAAUCAUCACUGAGUUCAUAAAGAAGAUUUUAAAUGGUCAUGUAAAAUUAUUUAUGAAGGAAAUCCUCUAAAGUCUCAUUCUAAACAUUUAUCACUGAAUAUUUUUGUACUAAAUCAAGAACAUGAAGGCGUCGCUCUGACCUCUGUGAUUGUACUUUGAUUCUUUUAAUAUUUUACAGUUAAACAGUUAUAUCAACAUUAAUCAACACAUGAAUCAAAUUUCUAAAACGUUUCGUUAACUUUUCAGUAGAAUAAAAAAAUCAUCAGGUGUUUGAAAGUUUUACUGAUCUGCAGCCUACGUUUCCCAUAAUGCACCUAGACAGAUCUGAUUAGUCGCCCUCUGCAGGCGACUGAUUAAACUGCAUUAACUGCUCAGUCAUUUACUGUACUGAUCUGUGUGUAUAUUAUCGAUUAUUGACAGGAAUAAUUUUAAACCAGAUGAUUUAGUUUAAUGUAUCUACACUCACAUCUUUUAUUUUGAAAUUUACAUCCAGAAAAGUUGAGUUCAUUGAGAGUUCAUUGACUUUGUUAUGAGGCAGUAAAAUAAUAAGUGUGAAAACAUCUUCAGUUACUUUACAAAAACACAAACAGGACAAAAACAUUUUAAACUGAAGUUAAAAGUUUUAUUGUUGUUUUUCUGUGAAGGAAACGUUUUUACAGACCGAGGAAGUUUUUAAUGUUCAGAGAGUUUAAUCUGUAGAUUUACUGCUGGUUUUAAAUGUGACCUGUUAACUCUGUACUCAACUAUACCAAGAAAUAAAACUCUUUUAACACAAA